CGGACGCGCGUCCCAGUUUUGGCACUGAUGCGAGUGUGUAGGAACCCAGCGCGUCCCCCUCUCUCUCCUCUAACCUCCUCACAGCGAGACGCACGAUUCUACAGGAUGCCUCACCAUAUGCUUCUCUUAACCACUGAGUUUGGGGUUGGGAUUUAGGCGAUCCAUCGGGCGCAGAGCGAGUUCUGGAUUUGGAUGCUUCGCUGGCACUGCUUUGCGGGUGAUGGUGAAGCGCGUAUUGCGCGCUGCCGCACGUUUCCUCGAUCAUUCCUCGGGACGUUUGGCGAAGGGAAAUGUGAAGAAGGCUUAAAGAAUGGCAUGUAAACAUGGUUUCUGCCAAGAAGGAGAUGGUGACUGCGAUGUACCCCACUUCUAUUUCCACUCUCCUCUACUUUCUCUGUGUGGCGGCUUGCAUAAAGAGAAUAUCUGGACAGAUCAGAAAGGAUGAGAAAUUAUACCCGGAAAAUUUCACGCGCAUUCUGGACCGACUCCUGGAUGGAUACGACAACAGACUCCGACCUGGAUUUGGGGGUCCAGUGACGGAAGUGAAGACCGAUAUUUACGUCACAAGUUUUGGCCCAGUUUCCGACGUGGAGAUGGAGUACACCAUGGAUGUGUUCUUCCGCCAGACGUGGGUGGAUAGGCGGUUGAGGUAUGAGGGCCCGGUGGAGAUCCUCCGUCUAAAUAACCUGAUGGUGACCAAAGUCUGGACCCCUGACACGUUCUUCAGGAAUGGCAAACGAUCCGUGGCUCACAACAUGACUGCGCCCAAUAGACUCUUCCGAAUCAUGAAGAACGGCACCAUCCUGUACACUAUGAGAUUGACAAUAAGUGCAGAAUGCCCGAUGAAACUCGUCAAUUUCCCGAUGGAUGGCCAUUCCUGUCCUCUGAAGUUCGGCAGCUAUGCCUAUCCAAUGACUGAGGUGAUCUACACCUGGACCAAAGGCCCUCAGCAUUCUGUGGAGGUCCCACCUGAGUCGUCCAGCCUGGUCCAGUACGACCUGAUCGGACAGACUGUGUCAAGCGAGACUGUAAAGUCCAUCACAGGUGAAUAUGUGGUAAUGACGGUCUACUUCCACUUGAAACGGAAAAUGGGCUACUUCAUGAUUCAGACGUACAUCCCCUGCAUCAUGACUGUAAUCCUUUCCCAAGUGUCUUUCUGGAUAAAUAAGGAAUCCGUACCCGCCAGAACUGUCUUUGGAAUCACCACCGUGCUCACGAUGACGACCCUCAGCAUCAGCGCGCGUCACUCUCUGCCCAAGGUCUCGUACGCCACGGCCAUGGAUUGGUUCAUCGCGGUGUGUUUCGCUUUCGUCUUCUCUGCUCUCAUCGAGUUUGCCGCCGUGAACUACUUCACCAACGCGCAGGCGGAGAGAGCCAAGAGAAAACAGGCCGCCGCUGCCGCCAGUGCCAAGAGCUCCACAGCGUCAGGCAAAGCCAAAGACACAGAGGAGGUUCUACAGCAAACCUCGGAUACCAACGGCAACCUGCGAAAACGCGUCAACUCCAGCAUUCAGUCUCAACCGGACUCCAAGAAAACCCAAAGAACCGAAACGUCUAGCAAGAGCGCCGCAGCCACAUCCAAACCAACUCUGACCAGCCAAUCAUCUUCCACCUCAGAGGGUACCAGCAGUUUCUCCAGCCAGUCACGUCUAAGCCCCAGUUCUGCCAGCCAAUCAAAUGCAGCCCCUUCCUCCAAGACCACACCGCCAGCCCCGCCCUCUACGCCAACAGUUCCCGAGAAACCGUCGCCCGGAGCGACCGCUGGCUCCGCCCCUCUUCACCAUCUCCUCGGCCCGAAAUUAGAAAAUAUUAAAAAGAAGGAAGCCAAGGCCGCACCUCAACCUGCCGCUCCUGCGACCGGAGGAGCCAGCAAGAUCGACGAAUAUGCACGUAUUUUAUUCCCAGUGUCCUUUGGGGCAUUCAAUAUGGUGUACUGGGUGGUUUACUUAUCCAAAGAAACCAUGGAGGCCAAGGGAGGCUAACAGGAACAGGCUUGGUUGUUUGUACCCUUUUUUUUCUACAACUCGCUGAACAAAUGAAAUAAAGAGCCCUCUAAAGGAUUACUUCAACUAUUGUUCCAAGCAAUUCCAAGAAACGAAAUUCUGUUACGGCAGACAAAACUGGACGAGCGCACAGAAGAUAACUUUUUUGUUGUUUAUCGAAAGGGCCGUACACAAGAUUAAGCAUGUGGAUAUAUUAUGAUAAGUAAAAAUAAUUACAUUAAAAAACAAUCCAAUAGAUUUAUCUGUUGUCUUGAAUAGCCAUAUUUCCGGCCUGUCCUAUUUAUCGCCGGACACACUGAAGAAGAAACA